AUGUUCAGGAGUCUAAUACGAACCCCCGUGCUUUCCCAAGCACUUAUUGUGCCCGCGCGCAGCUGUACUUUAAGUGGAGCCAGGUGUUUUUCCCAGUCAUUCACAAACCACAGGACAAACACAUCGACACGAACCAAGGAGAAUGUCCACGACUUGAAGACGUUUCUAGAAUUGAUUGGGCGCAACUGCGUGGAGCACCUCGAUGUGUUUGAAGGCGACUUGAACAAGUUUAUCGAGACGCCAAGUUCAAAGAUGAAAGAGGCUGGGAUAGACACAAGAACGAGAAGGUACUUGUUGAGGUGGAAACACAAGUUUGUCAACGAUUUGGAGCCCUUGAGGGAGCACAAACGAGGCAAGAAGAAGAACGGAGGCGAGAGAAAGGCAAAGACUGUUAUUGCAAAGAGGAAGGCUUUGCAGAGGGCCGAGGAAAGAGAACAGCUUGCGCAGGAGGAGUUGAUUGCCGAGGAUAGAGGAGAACGUUUGUUCUAG